GGACGGGACAGACGUUUUGCGCCCCCGUUUCGCCGGUUAAACUAUCCAAGAGCCACAUAGAGAUGGAGAAGAGGUUCAAAGUGUGGGUUUACAAAGAAGGGGAGCCGCCUCUAGCGCAUUUGGGGCCAUUGAACAACAUCUACGGCAUCGAGGGCCAAUUCAUGGACGAGAUCGAGACCGGUUCGAGCCCGUUCCUCGCCAGCCAGCCCGACCAGGCUCACGCCUUCUUCGUGCCGGUCAGUGUGGCCAACAUCGUUCACUACCUUUACCACCCGCUCGUGACCUACUCCAGAGACCAGCUCCACCACGUGGUUCUUGAUUACAUCGAUACCGUGUCCAGCAAGUAUCCUUUCUGGAACCGAACCGACGGCGCCGACCAUUUCUUGGUUUCUUGCCAUGAUUGGGCACCAGACGUAUCAGGAGCAGAUCCAAAGCGUAUGAAGAACUUAAUAAGAGUGCUAUGCAACGCCAAUACAUCCGAAGGGUUCGAACCUCGACGGGAUAUAUCGAUCCCCGAGAUCAACAUUCCGCCCGGAAAGCUCGGCCCUCCUCGGGUUUCCCUCCCGACCCGAGAACGCGAUAUUCUCGCCUUUUUCGCUGGAGGUUCACACGGAUACAUCCGGAAAAUCCUCCUCGAACAUUGGAAAGACAAAGACGAAGAAAUACAAGUCCACGAGUACUUACCGAAAGGCAGAAAUUACUUCAAACUCAUGGCAAGAACACGGUUUUGUCUCUGUCCUAGCGGCUACGAAGUUGCGAGCCCUCGUGUCGUCGAGGCAAUACAGUUAGGUUGCGUUCCCGUCAUCAUAUCCGACCAUUACUCGUUACCCUUUAGCGACGUGCUCGACUGGAGCAAGUUUACGGUCCAUAUUCCGUCUGAGAAGAUUCCCGAGAUCAAGACGAUACUGAAGAGCGUUUCUUGGAGACGGUAUCUGGUGUUGCGGAGAAGGGUUCUGCAGGUUCAGAGGCAUUUUGUAUUGAACCGACCUUCGGUACCUUACGAUAUGAUUCAUAUGCUGCUUCAUUCCGUUUGGUUGAGGAGGCUGAACUUUAUGAUUCCUUCAUGAUAUAUGUAUAUAUAUAACUUUGCAGUUCUUGUUUUGUGGCAAAUGAUAGCGAGUAUCGAUAUAAAAUUGGUCGAAAAUGUGCGGUUUGAUCUUCCAACGAAAGGAUAAAUCGGUAGAACUUUGGUUUUGACUGAAAUGCAAUCUGAUUCUGACACAUCUUUGUUUUUCCGGCAAGAAUUCAGACAAAAACUCGAGUUUGAUGGAAAUGAAGACAGAAAUCGCGAAAUGUACAGCGAACAGGAACCAGAGACACUGAUGAUCUAAAA